AUGGCUAACGUGGAGACCGCGAGUGUGUGGGAGAGACACGCCGCCCGCAGGACGUUCCCUCUGCUGGCCAGAACCAAGGUCUGCAGGAACCUGUUCGGCCCGGUGGAUCACGAAGAGCUCAACAUGGAGAUGAACCGCAAACUGCAGGAGAUCUCCGACCGGGACCAGAGCCGCUGGAACUUUAACUUUGAGCAGAACCGACCACUGCCUGGACUUCAUGAGUGGGAGGAGAUCACGACCGGCAGCGUACCGGCUUUCUACCAGGAGUCCGUGAGGAACGGGAAAGCGAGGACUGUAGUGACCAACCACACAAAGGAAAGCGAGUCCACCGUGGAGUCAGAGGAUAAAAACGAGACCCAGAAUGAGGUUCCGAGUCCGACAAACGAGGUGAACCAGGAGAACCGGUCAGCAACGCUUAAUGCCAGGGAGAGAGGCUUGGUUACUCCCGUGUGUCGGAGAAGAAAGAGAACCGGUCCAGAAUCUCUGAGAAAUAACAACACCCACAUCACAGAUUUCUUCCCCAAAAGAAAGAGAACCUUGGAUAUUAAACAGACCCCCCAGUCCGGUACCUCCAUUCCUUCUGAAGUCACCCCACGCAAAAGAAUCAGAUGAUGAUUUGCACUGAAGAGAAGAUGCAGAAGUUGUUGCUGUGUUGAAUCUGCUGAGCGGAUGAAGAACCCAGAGGAACUGAAGCAUUUCAUCUUAUUUUGUGUAUUUUAUUUUUAUAUAUAUUUUAAUUUCAUGUAGCAUCCUGGCUUUACUAGAACCGACCUGGUCUCAGUGUUCCAGGUUCUAAACGGUGCAAUUCCUGUACAAUAUUUCUCUGUAUGAUUUUCAUUUGUAGGAUUCAUCGUGUUUAAUAGAAUCUAGAGCCAUAGAGAAGGUCUGUCUACAUUCGGAGGAACUUUUUAUACUUUUAUUUAUGUUUUAUUAUUUAUGAUCCAUUUUAGUGUCACGUUUUUAUUUACAUUUGUUAUUUACUGCAAUAUUCUUAUGAUUUAUUUAAGUUUGCCGCAAAAAUUUCAUGAUGCACACGAUGCCAUUUGUAAUAUUUAUAUAUAUUUCAGCCUUGUACUGAAUGAUCG